CUGCGCGCCCAGCCGUGGCUCGGGCUCUUCUUCGGGGCACGAGACCAUGCCGAGCGAGAGCAGCGUCGGCUGGGCGAUGCAGCACCGCGGGCCACAGUGGACCAUCAAGCUGCCCUCCUGCGAUUACGUGCUGCCCCGCCCCAAGGGGCCUCAGGAACCACCGUGGUUGAACUACUUGCUGUUCUGCCGUGCCCGCCUGGACAGUUCGGGGAAGCCUCCACAUCGGCAUCGCAAGCACCGGUUGGCCGCCGGGCCUCCACCAGAACUGCCGCCUGCCCCGCCCCCUCUCCAGGACACUGUGUCACCCUUGAGUCAGCAGCCCCCGCAGUAUUUCACCCCAGUCACCGCUGCGGGAUCCUACUGGCCAUCUCCCCAUGAGGAUCACCCGUACCUGAUCUGCAGGCCGCCCUUGGAGGCUCUCUACCAGCAGGGAGACGCCUGUAGCGGCUCAAGAACCUCCCUACUGUGCCCAUGGCGUGAGGUUGUGCAACACCGCCCUAAAGGUCCCUGGAACCGACGCGAGCUCCUCGAAGACGCCCCUCGUGAACCUCUCGAAUCUCUCAUUGUAGAACCCUUGCCCUGCGCAGUGGACGUCGGAGACGGCGACGGCACCCCUCGACCAGCCCCUGGCGACGCCAGGGACGUCCUCGUCGACGAGCAAGAAGAGAUAGUCGCUUUCCUUGGGGAAGUGGACGAGCGCCACGAGCGUCAGCUGGCCUUCGAAAGGGUGCUGCUUGAAGCCAGUGGAUGCCGGCGACGGGGAUCCAGGAGAGACGGGUCGAGGGAGGAUUCCUUAGACGUCGUGGUGAGGGCUGCUGCGUUGCAGCGGUCGGUGUCAGACCACGUUCUGUACGAUAGACGGGCGUCUGAAGGCAAGAGGUCAGAUGACUGGCCGCUACAUGCGGUUAGAAGAGACAAGACUGUCGAAGCACAGGCAUCAACAGAGCCAGAGCUAGAGACUCGAAAAGCCAAGACAAGUGCCAGCGACAUAUCGGAGCAAAAGGUCUUGAUAAACAAGGUAUCCAUUCGGCAGCAAGUCCCGAGGGAGAACGUUCGACCAUCGAACCCAACUCCUGACGCCGCCAGCAGAAACACCAAAGAAUCUAUGAAGAGGAACAACACCCGUGGCGGAAACGCACGCGGGGGCGGCGGUGACAACAAGAAAAUGGCAUGCCACGAAAGCCAUGCCAACAAGAAUGGCACAUUUCCUCGCAAAGAGUACCACAAUAAGCGAUACGGAGAUGCAGCACAGCAAGACAGUAAGAAUGACUCGGGCCAAGGUCCAACAGGACGGCCCCGCGGACAACAAAGGCACACACACAGAUCUCGCCGGGGCGCCAAAGUCCAAGAGCCCUCCCGCUCUUCCUUGCCGUACUGUUGUCGCCAAGUUCAACCCUCAAACGUUAACCCCAGCGGAGAACGCCAGCAGCGACGCUUUCAAAAGUUCACAGCCCAGAAACCAAAGGACAUACCAGAGGGAAGCUCAGCAGACCUCAAGACCGCAGGCUCCAGGACAGCGAACAAAGAAGACACCAAGACACGCAAGGUGGUGACCGGCACGAAAAGGGGGUCCAGGUCUCUGGAAAGACAACCGAUCUUUUCUGGAGCGUCAGCGGGAUCGCGUAGAAGGUCUUUGUCGUUAGAGAUACUGGGGGAACGAACAUACUUGACUGUUUACCGGAGACCUACGUUGUAGCAUAACAGUGCGCCGCUUUAUUGUUCUUUUCGCGGCUGUUACGUAUUUGUACAUAGUCGUAAGUUUCCGUUGCAUCCCGGCGUUAUCGCCGGGGUGCAUCGCCAUUGCGCAAUGUCCGAUGUGUUGCUCAUGUUGUACAGCCUUGGCGUGACGCGUUCGUAACUGGAUGUGUAAAUAUGCUGAAGAGAUGAAAUAAACAGAAAACGCAAGCCUUU